CAGCGGUGCAGAUGUCUGGCUUCGACCUGCUCACGGUUGACGGUGGCAGCGGGGAACCAAUCCACCUUCCUCCGGGGGAAAUGGUGCUGGGCAGGGGGCCCUUACUGGGAGUCAGUGAUAAGAGAGUCUCCAGACUUCACGGGCUGCUAGAGAACCUGAACGGACAGCUGCGCCUCAAACCGACCCACCUGAACCCGUGCUUCGUUCAGUCGUUGCUGUCGGACGACCCUCGCCCUCUGCAGAGAGACGUCUGGUUCCCUCUUCAGGAUGGAGAUUUAUUCUCGCUGAUGCCGGGUCAGUUUAUCUACAGGGUGGUGGCCGUGGGCGGAGGAGACCGCACUCCCAGAAACAGUCAGAUGUUCGAAGAAGCAGAAAAAGAAGAAGAAGAAGAGCUUGUUGUUUCUCCUGAGCCAGAUGUUGAACCUCCUCCUGCUGCUGGACAGUCUCUUCCUCAGGAGGAGUCGACACCAACAGCUCCGUCAGAACAGCAGGAAGUCGACAAAAGAAGUUUAACAAAGGUAGAUUCUGCACAACCAAAAGAAGAAGAAGGCAAACUAAAUGUCGUCUCUCCGUCUGUAACCAGGAGAAGAGUUUUACCCGCCUGGAUGAUGGCGGCAGCAUCAGCUUCACAAAGCGCCUCCUCCUCCUACAUCCCCAAAGGUGUAAAGAGAACUAAAGGACCUUCAACCAGCUCUAAAGGACCUUCAACCAGCUCUAAAGGACCUUCAACCAGCACUAAAGGACCUUCAACUAGCACUAAAGGACCUUCAACCAGCACUAAAGGACCUUCAACCAGCACUAAAGGACCUUCAACCAGCACUAAAGGACCUUCAACCAGCACUAAAGCAGCAAAACAGGCCACGCCCACCAAGACCUCCUCACCUGAAGAGGAGCUCAGCGAGGAGGAAAUGCCGAAUAAGAGAAGGAGGAAGAUGAGUGAUGAAGAGCAGGAAGCCACUCAGUCUAAAACAGAUGUUCCUUCAGAGCAGCCCUCAGGUCGUCUUCAGAGCGAAUCCAACAGAUCUGGGAUCAGCGACGAGUCUGACGGCUUCCCUAUGGAGGAGGACGAGGAGGACAGAGGAGCAGGAACAUCUGCAGCAAACACCGACACACAGACGAGUAAAAUCAAUCAAUCUGAGAACGAGGAGAAGAAGAUGAAGAAUGGACGACAGCAGACUAAACUAGCAGAUGCCAGACUCAGGACGCCGUGUCCAUACGGGAAGAACUGCUACAGGAAGAACCCAAUGCAUUUCCAGGAGAGCAGCCACCCCGGGGACACCGACUACGAGGAGGAGGAGGAGGAAGAUGAGACGCAGGAGGAAGACUUACCUGAGUGUCCUUUUGGCACCGACUGCUACAGGAAAAAUCCUCUUCACAGGAAAGAAUACAAACACACAAAGAAGCCAGCUCGCUCUACCCGCACCGUCCACAAAAAGGUCGGCGGUGGUGAUGAUGAUGAUGAAGAGGACGAGUACGACGACAGCUUCAUCGAUGACGACAGUGAGGAUGCGGGCGAUGACUCAGACUACAACCCUCCUGUUUCUGACGACAGCGGUAAGGAGGACAUCAAGGAGUUACAGAAGGAGGCAAAGACCUUCAUGAAGACGAGGAAAUAAAUACACAACGUCUUGAUUUUGGUUGUUUGUUUGUUUUUAAGCUGAACCAGACAUAAAGUGUAAAUACAGAUUAAUGUAGAGGUCGUAAAGUGUCCCAAAAAUGACAGAUAAAGUGUAAAUACAGAUUAAUGUAGAGGUCGUAAAGUGUCCCAAAAAUGCUGGUGUUUGGAUCUGAUUCUCACUUUUAAUAAAAUGCAAUUUAUGUUAGUGUUGAGUUUAUAGAAUCUGGUCCCAACUGACCUGUGGAAAUCCAACAAAAAGCCGUCUUUUAAACAAUUUUUUCUCCUUUUAAAUCUUAGCUUAGAUUAUCCUGUAUUCUGUCCUCAACAUCAGAAUUGAACAAGAACACAAAUCAGAUGUUUUAUCAGCUCAGAUGUGAUGUAAUCUAAACCAUGCAUUCAGAAACGUUGAUAUGUGCAACUAUCAAAACCCUGAGGUCAUUCUUCAGGUGAUGCAUUUAUGUCGUCCUCUUGCUCUCUUUGUCUUUAUUUGUGUUUUCCUUCUUCCUAAACGUAGAACAUUAGAGAGCUGAUUUCAAAAUGCACUUAUCUACAUCCACAGGUCUCAUCUAUUAGAAAAACCAUCCAAAAGCUGUCCUUGAAACCAAAUUCUCUCCCCCAUAUCUCAGCUUUUAGCACCUUUUAACUAUCCUGUUUUCUGUCCCUAACAUCACAUUUAACAAGAACACAAAUCAAGGGUUAAUAAGCACAGAAAUCUUGUGUAAAUCAAUCAAUGUAGUCCUUUAUACAACUAGCAAAACAACCUAAUACAGCCUUGGUCCUAAGCAUUUGUUAUUCACACAUUAUGUCAAAAAAGAUCUUUCAAAAGUCAUUUUAAAAUGCACUCUGUGUCUCCACAGUGCUCACGUAGUAGCUGAAAACUGUCCCUAAGCUGCCCCUGAAACCCAAUGUUCUCCCUAAACCAUUAGCUUUUAGCAACUAUAAUUACUCUGUGUACUGUGCUUAACAUUAGCAUUUAACCUGAACCUAAACCUCAAGUCACUCAGCUUCAGAAAUCCUUUUAUUUUGUUCCAUUUCUUCUGAGCGGACGCGUAACCUCUUUGAAGCAAUUAAAAAUGAGUGACGUCUGUUUCCCUCGGUGGAUCAACAACCUAAGGCCAUGCAGCUGUCGUCAUAUUGACCUCCAACUAAACAGUGGACUACAUUAAUACAAGUUUCUGUCUGAAAAAGAUCCCUCUUGCAGCUUUGAAUCUAUGUUUAAUUAAUAAAUGAAGUGAAACACACAAGUUAAGGGCAAACUGUUCUUUCUAAAGCACUGAAAACGCUAUAAAGAUUUGGAUUAGUCCAUUUUAAUUGUAUUUUUAUAAGGUUUAUUAUUUUUGUUUAAGUGUUUUUCUCAGGUGAAGCUCCAUCUCUUCCUGUCUGGGAUUGAUUUUACUUGUGUAAAUAUGUACAAUUACGGAGUAGAUCUCUUAUAAUUGUUACUCCAAUAUGUUCUUAUCCUUAUUAAAUACAUUUAUUGAAAACA